UUGUCUUGUAAACCUAAAAGGGAACUUGAUUAAGCUCCGUUUUUUUUUUCCGAUGAUGGAGAAAUUCUUACCGGUUGGACGAUUUGAUGAUUUUUGCUGCAGUGGUGACUCAGUUCUCCUCCUUUCUGGCCCUCCCUCAUCAGGGAAAACCUCUUUAGUUUUCCAAUUCGCAAUCAACUCUGCAACUGCUAGCGCCGGUAAUGUUGUCUUCAUUUGCAACCGUCGGAAGUUGGAGAGUAAACCCCCUUAUUUAGCUCAGGGAAUUGAUCCGUCUUCUGAUGUUAUUAACCGUAUUCAGAUGAAGUAUGUAGAUGACGAAGAAGGAAUUAAGAAAUACUUUGCUGCAUUCCAUAUGCAUGAUCCUGCUCCCGUUUCAGUUAUUAUUGAUGAUUUUGCUGAUUUUUUUGAUCAAGGAAACUGUCAAGAGAGAUACAAUAAUACUCGAGGAAGGGAUUUGGCGAUGGUUCGGGUAUUAGCCUUAUGUCGUAAUGCUAUUUUGUGUGCUAAUGAAAAGGGGCCAUGUCAGCUUCUACUCUCCGAUACUCAUAAUGGUGACUCCCCAAGGUUGUUAUACCUUUACAAGAGAUGGGUCUCCUCUAUCUACGUAAUCAAAGGGGAUGGCUUCGGAUCAUAUCUUAUUAGGAGUUUGGGUGUUGUUAAAUCUGCGACAACUAAACUUGCAAAAUAUUCCAUAGCUCUUCAGUAUUUGGUUUAUGAAGGUAUUGCAGAAGAUGGAGAGCAGUCAGAUGAAUGAGUAUUUCUCUCAUGGAGGGAUUCAGCUUUGGCUGGAAAGAUACCGAGCACAAGUAGCACAUACUAUUGCUGGAAUAAGAAACCCGAAGUAGAUGAAGAGCUGCCUUAUGAGGUGAUGGAACUAUUAGCCAGGUCUUUGAGCUUCAUAUGCUACUGUAGUCUGUAGCUACUCUGUUAUGUGAACGUUGGGAAGUUCUUUGGGUUGAAAUGGAGCUUGGGUGGUUCAGCAAGGGCCUUGAAUGGUAGUAUUAGCAAGAAUACACUUACUGUAAAUUCGGUAGUAGAUUAUGGGAGUCACAAUCACAAGGGAACCAGGGUCAUUGCUCCUGAGUCGUGGCCAAGAAACAGAUAUUGGAGGAAUAAGGGAAAAAAUAUGGCGAACACUUUUUUUGUUAGUCUUUAUGUAUCCAAAAUUCUAGUACGACUGGAAAUGAAUCUUUUUCUCUCUACUA